GAAUGAGCACGCAUAAGCAUGUGUUGAUGAGGAGGCUGCAACCCGACAAGCGGCGCGUGCACUUGAGAACCAAGUGCAUCCCCAAACAGGUUCAGACGUGUCCAAUUGGAAUUGAAGCAACAUUUGGCUACCGGUCGAGAGAUUAGGGCGAUAAAGAAGAGUUGAGGCACAAAAGGUCCAAAAAAAAAAAAAAAAAAAAAAAGAAGAGUGACGCUAGAGAGGAGCGACAUGUUUGGAAUGAUCAAGAAUUCGCUCUUCGGAAACACCGAGGAGACAGAAUAUAAACUACUAAGCACAGAGACCAAGGAUGGAGUGAGCUUUGAGGUACGGCGCUAUGAUCCCGCCAAAUACGCGGUUGUUUCCUCUGAGGGGCGCACUUACGACCAGGUGACAGGGGAGCUGGUGAGGAAGCUGCUCAUGUACAUCGGUGGAUGCAAUGAACAAGGUGAGGCGAUGGGUACAGCAGCGCCCACCAUCAUCACGGUCUACCCUCGGAACGACGGUGUUCUAUCCCGUCGUUUGGUGGUGGCCAUCCGCAUACCUACCUUCUACCAGCAAAGCCCCCCGACGCCCACGGACAAUACUAUUAGAGUCGAGGAUCGGCCUGGCAUGACUGUCUAUACACUGCAAUUUGGAGGUUUCGCAGGUGAGAGUGAGUACCGUGCUGAGGCCUUACGUUUGACACGCACCCUGGGCGAGACGGCCCCAUUCCAGCGCAAGCAAUACUUCUGUUGCAGCUACGACUCGCCAAUCAAACCUUACGGCCGCCGCAAUGAGGUGUGGUUCAUACAGGAAGAGCCGUAGGGACCUACUUGCCCAUUCUGAUAUCCAACCACGGUGACCCCUUCAAUGACACUCCCGCAGCUCUAACUCUUGACUGGAGAAAAUAGACAGUAUUGUGACUUUAAUAUUUUUCUUUUUAUGAAAGACAUUCCUGACUAUGCUAAAGAACACAAGAGUAGGAGUAUGUUUGUGAGUCACAAAUGUACAGUUCACUGUGUAUUCAUAGCAAAAAGAAACAUCAAUGUCUGAAAAAUAUAAAAAAUAAUCAAUAGAAACUCAGUCAUUGUCGGGUGUGAGCAAGAAGUCUGAGAUACAGAAAAUCAGAGAUGAGUCUAUAGACUAUUGAGCGUACUGUAGGGGGCUUUGUCUACGUACCUUUCAGGUUGUCAUGAAGGCAACACAGAACUGCAGUUUUAAAGCAAUUUAAAAAAAAAAAAACUUCAUUUUUCAAUUAGGAACUGGAAAUAAACCAGAGGUUAAGCCAUAAAAUAGCGCUUAUGUAAUAUUGAGUGAAUGGCACCAUAGCUUUCUAGCUGUUUGUAUUGUGGUCAUCAAAUAUUUUGUGAUCGUGAUUUUCAAAAGUUUUUCAGGUAGUUGUGCUAUAUCCAUUUUUAUUUACAUCCCUGAAAAUGUCAGUGAUACUUCUGUAGUGUGACUAUCUGUGACAAAAGAGAAUACUGUAAGGGUAUACUCGUCUUUCAGAAACAAAUAAAUAUUUGGUGAUAGUCUUAUUUCAUUUGUCACACAGAACAGGAACAGCAAAUGUUAAUCAUUUGAUCAAUGUGGUAUUUUUUUUCUUGUAAGGUUACUUAAAGACAAAGA